UGGUGAGUGGUGACUUUCUUGACAGGUCUAGAAUUUUUGAUAAGAGAUAACACGGCAUAAACAGCGUAAACAACCGUUAAAAAGUAUUAAAUUAUAGAAAUCAGUGCGUAGUUAAUUCAGUUCAUCAUAUUUUUUAUCUGUCGAGGGUCUUUCCAUACCGAAUUGGAUCAUCUAGCCCGGACUAUGGAACUGUCAUCGGAUAUUUCCUUACUUUGUUCAGUCAAGUAGUAUGUAUAUACUAACAUACGCACCCCUAAUGUUGUAUAAUAACUGCUUCAUGUCAUGCUGCCUCUAAAUCACUUUUGAAUACAUGAAUAAUGAUUAAAGUUUCACCUCUAAAGGUCUUGAUAGCUUUGAAUAUACUUCUAUUUCUUCUUUGCGGUUUUAUCCUCCUUCUAAAGUUUUUCGGAGUCCAGUGCGUUCUAAUUCAGAGUAUUUAACACAUCCGCUAUUAACGAUCUCCAUUGAACAAUGAGCAAUGUAGAUCAUGUCUGAUCAUUUCAUCUCACUGCUCCAAGAGGAUAUCAUCUAUCCCUACAUAUUCAGCAAACUGUCACUGAAAGAUUACUUCAACUUGCGAUGCCUGUCAAAAGCGUACAAAGAACUUGUAGAUUGUUAUUUUCAGCAGUUGAAAACCUUGGAUCUGUCCAACUACAAAAAUUUUUCGGAGGAUGCUUUUAGGAUCUUGAAUUUGAAUUGUACUCACUUGACCUGUAUUCAGUUGAAGUCUUGUCCGUGGAUAACCAAUGAACUCUUGAUUCCUCUUUUUAAGAAUAACAAGAAUAUUGUGUCUCUGAAUCUCAGCCAUUGUGAAAAUCUCACUGCAGCCUGUUUACAACCAGUAAUAGUAUCCUGUAAGGAACUAAAAGACUUGGAUUUGAGCGGUAAUCAUUGGUUGACAAAUGGUUGUUUAGAAGCUUUGAUUUUUCACCACACAAAUUUAUGCUCAUUGAAUCUAGCUGACUGCUCUCAAAUUUCUGAUCAAUCUGUGAUUUACAAUCUGCUACGCAAAUUUACCAAUUUAAAUCAACUGGACCUCUCUAAAAAUCCAUCAAUUGAUAAUCAGAUCUUGGCUGUUGUCGCUGAAUCCUGCUCAAACAUGAAGAACCUCAAGUUGGUGGACUGUCCAAACAUAAAUCCCAGCAGUGAUGUUAUCCGAUACUUACUGGAGAACUGUCAUCUGGAAAAUUUGACAAUUAUCAACAAAAAUCCACGACGGUUCCCAACAUGACAGCGGCUUGUGAAGGUUUAGCUUAUUCUCAGGCGAAAUGGACUUGGUAUCAUGAAGACCAGCUCACCUAUAUUGAGUCUUCAUUUCCAGAUGUUGUGUGGUUAAUGAAAAUUCAGCCAAUGCAGCUGUGUAAUAAAUGCAAGAAAGUAAACAUUUUUUCUCUAUAUUAGGGAUACGGCGAGUUAGAAUGAGUAGUUACAGAAUGUUUUUAAUCUCAACAACCCGGCGAAGAAUUGAAUGUGCCAGAAAGGUCCACUAUUUUGUCUGCCUCUUGACCUUAUCAUCGAGUUGCCUGGUUAUUCCAAGGACAAUAGCUAGUGUCUCCACUACCUCUGUCUUUGCCACUGAAAUGUGGAGACAUUUACUUAAGUUGACCCUUAUCCACACUAGCGAUAAAAGGUAGGAGACAUAGUUUAGAGAACAUGGUCCGAGCAUCAUCGAAGUGGUUCAAUCUGGGCUGUUCUAUUCUUUGCUGGGAACUCGAGUUAAGGAGAACAACAAAACUUUAUCUCCAAAUAAAUUGUUUUCAGUAGGUGCCAAAAAAUACGUAAGUAUUCUGGAAAGUUCUGAAGCGAACUGAAAAACAUGAAAAUAAAUUAUAAUAAGGAAAUCAACCCUCUGAUGAUUGGUUAGGAGCUCAGUAAACAGGCUCCAACUUAUAGAAGAAUCUUAAAGUCAUUCAAAUAAUACUAAUAUUUUUUUUAAAAAAUCAAAAAAAAAAAAAAACGCUCCGUAAGAAAUAUUUAAAUUUUAAAUGAAGUUUCUCCUCUUUUGUAAAUGUACUUUUCUAUCCGAGUAGCAUACAUUGCAAUAAAUUGCAAUUACAUAGUAAAAUUAUCGCAUUGAAGUGUUGUGUAUGUUGCGUACCCACUGAUAAAAGUGACAUUUAUCACAGUAAAAUUGAAGUAAGUUGCAAUUUGUCUUUGCUAUGCAAAUUGCCUGUCCCGCUGAUCCAUGGAGCUCAUCUUAUUGAUCAUUUCAAAUCGGCAUUAAUCGGCCAAAUUAUUUAAAAAUUUUGCUGUUUCAUGUUUAAAAAAUCUGCAAUUUGAUUGUAUCAAAUCGUAAUUUUUUCCAAAUUUUCGUGUGGUUUCAAUAGGAGGCAUCCCUGUGAAAUAGUUGAUUCUUCCCCCAAAUUUCCACACCAUUCUCUCAUGUGAAAUAUUUUGCAAUUAAUCUCCCUCAGCUUAAAACAUCUUUUUUCCAAUUAAUACUUUGAUCAUGUUUACAAGGUGUGCCAAAUUUAUUAUCAAAACUGUUUUGGACUUAUUUUUCAUGUGAAAUUAAUGCUUUCUAAUUUAUAAAUUUAUGCCUCAAAAUGCUUGCUUUGCCAGCUGUAAGCUUGUAAACUUUGAAUUUUUCUUUUUCUAACAAAAGAAUGGGUAUAACUUUUUUCUAGUUUGAAUACUUCAAAGUAGAUUCAGAUUUGAGAAUCCGAAAGCAAGAAAAAAUAUACAUUAAUAAAGGCACCAAGGCAAAACUAUCUGAACGAACCAUUUUCAAUGCAAUCUUUGUAACCUCUAGUUUAAAAAAAUACUGUAUGUAGGUAUCAGAUGCAUAAUUUUUUUAAACAAGUUUUUUGCAAAAGUCCA